UUCAGCUUAAUUAAUAAAUGCAGUAAUUUCAACCGUCUACAGUUAUUACACAUCAUCAAACAUAGCGACCACCACCACACCACCCCCUAUUUUGUUUUCUUCAUUCAUCCCUUUCAAGUUCCUUCUUCCCCCACUCUCACUUUACAAACCUUUCCUUCUCUCUCUAUACAUUUAUAUCUAUCUAUGACUCUAUGUACCUUACUAUCUGAAACCUGAAUAUCUUUCUUAUUUACUUUAUAUAUAAAUAUAUAUUUCUUAAUAUAAAUAAAAAAGAAGGGUAACAUCGUCACUUCAUAUUCUUUUCCUUACAAACAUGGCGCACCGCCCCACUCAGCGGCGGAAUCAGGCGGCGCCUCUACAAUACAAUCCCUCAUCAUCCACAGUUACCGCUCCGCCAAAGGCAAAGCACACCACCACCGCCACCGCCACCGCCGGCGCCGCCGCCGUCCCUUUUCCGUACCCGAAACCAAAUCCAGAUCUCAUAGCACAACUAUCUAGACCUAAUAACCAUUCUUCUUUCAUGGCGAAACAGUUCUCAAGCCUAAACUUGGGUCCAAACACUCACAAAACCAAACAACACGCUCUCUCACACGCAAAAUCCAUGACAUCAUCUUGCAUAGUUGAUUCCUCCUCCAAGCUCUCGCUUCUCAAACCGAACACCGCCUCCAGUAACAAUAAACUUGCACCGAAGGUUGAAAAAGAGGGUGCUAAGAGAAGUUCAUUGGAGAAGAAGCCACAGAAAUCGAAACUUCACGGUUUGUUGGCGAUGAAGAACGAGAACGAGAAGAGGAAGAAGAAGAGUUCUGUGGUUGAAAAGUCAAAGAAUCCUGUAGAAGAAGAAGAAGAAGAAGGACACGGUGAUGGUGAUAAGAGAAGAAGCUGUGUGGUUUCUUCGGUGAGUAGCGGAAGAAGGAGGUCCAUGUGUGGACCCUCAGAAGCUGAAUUAGGAGAUGUAUUUGCGAUCAACGGUGUAAAAUUGGUGUCAGCUGAUAUGCCACCGUUUAUGCAGAUCCACGCCGUUGAUUGUGCCAGAAAGACUCUUGAUAGCAUGGAAAAGUUCACAUCCAAGACCCUUGCACUCUCCCUCAAAAAGGAAUUUGAUGGGGUGUAUGGGCCAGCAUGGCACUGUAUAGUGGGGACUAGUUUUGGGUCAUAUGUGACACAUUCAGUUGGAGGGUUCCUAUAUUUCUCAAUGGAUCAGAAAUUGUACAUCCUCUUGUUUAAGACCGCUGUUCAAAAGGUUAACUGAAAGAAGCUGCAACACACAGAAGAAUUUUUGCUGAUGCAAUGCAACAUCUUGGAAAGGAAAAAAGGUUAGAUAGAGUAGCAGGAUUCUCUUUUUGUACAUUGCUUUUUCUUCAAAGAUAUAUCAUAGAUUAUUACUCUCAUGUCUUGUUUCUGUCUAAUUCUGAUGAGGCCUGAAAAUGUUAAUGAAUUCAUUGUGCGUAACUAAUUAAUGUGGUUGAUAGGAGAAAUCAAUUUUACAAUUACUUGCAUAGUGCCACAACCAAACUGUUGUAUAUCUAUCUAGUUGAAUUUUUUUAAAACGAAAUCAAAUUUGAUUGCAUAUUUGUC